UUAACGAGGCAGGGUAAGGUUUCGGGGAGAUGGAGGGAAAUCCUGAGUGAGUGGUGUUCCAAGGCCUCUUCCAGUUCCCAGAAUUUUGGAGUUCCACUCGCUGGGUGGGCGCUUUCCUAAUAUCGCCUCCCUUAGCGGCGUAGAGGCGGACAGAGACCCUCCGCACAGCAGCACGGAGGCGUGGCGACUUUAUAGAAGAGCUGAGGAAGACGAGAGUGGCCCCCUCGGAAGCCAGAGCUGACUGGAGUUCCUUUGGAAAGAAGAUCCGUUCAUUGGUUUUGUACCAAACCUGACGGGGCCUCAGUUGACAAAGGUGCACCAGCAAGUGUCACCUUCAAACACAGGACAUUCCUAGAGCAAAUGAUGAGGAGAGAACUGAAGGCGGAUAAGUACUUCAACCCCCAGAUGGGAUCUAUGUGGAAGACUAAGGGGUCUAUGAAAGAGAGCUCCAGUCAGAGUAAGAAACACAGCACACAAAUAGAGAGUCUUGAUCCUGAGAGCGCUCGCAGGCACUUUCGGAGCUUCAAUUAUCAUGAAGCACCUGGGCCACUCGAGGCUGUCAGCCAACUCCAGAAAUUAUGCCAUCAGUGGCUGAGGCCAGAGAUCCACUCAAAAGAGCAGAUCUUGGAAUUGCUAGUGCUAGAGCAGUUUCUGACCACUCUGCCCAAGGAGACCCAGCACUGGGUGCAAAAGCAUCAUCCCCAGGACAUCAAACAGGCUGUGAUCCUGGUAGAAUGCUUGCAGAGAAAACCUGCUGGAACAAAGAAUGAGGUCACAGCUUAUGAUCUGGGAAAGGAGGCAGUGCUCUUGGGAGGAACAGCAAUGGCGCCAGGCUUUAAGUGGAAGCCAGCAGAGCCCCAACCAAUGGGUAUGUUCCAGAAAGAAUGUUGGAAUACAUACCAGGUACUACAAGAACAGCUGGGCUGGAAUACUCACAAAGAAAGCCAGCCUGUAUAUGAAAGAGCUGUGCAUGCUCAACAGAUUUUAGCCCUUUCUGAACAGAAAAUCACCAAAGACCGGAAGAUGGCAUCUGAGCUCACCUUGCCUAAGUCCCAGAGUUUGUUGACGUUUGAAGAUGUGGCCGUGUAUUUUUCUGAAGAAGAAUGGCAAUUAUUGGAUACCUCUAAAAAGACUCUCUACAAUAAUGUAAUGCAGGAUAACUAUGAAACUGUCAUCUCUGUAGGGUUAAUGCUCAGAAAUGACACUGGAAAUGAUCAGCCUAUAUCUGUUUCUGCAUCAGAAAUACAAACACCAAGAUGCAAAGUGUCAAAAAAUAGCAGAAUGAAAGUUGUCCAGCAAACUAGAGUACGGAAACAGCAUCAACCUUUUCCAAGGAAGAAAAGAAGGAAAGUUUCAACUUGUAAAGAAGAUCUUCCAAAACUUACAUAUCUUCAUGGUAAAGACCACACAGGAGAGAAUCUUCAUGGUAAAGGCCACACAGGAGAGAAACCUUUUAAAUGUCAGGAAUGUGGAAAAAGUUUCAGAGUUAGCUCUGAUCUUAUUAAGCACCAGAGAAUUCACACUGAAGAGAAACCCUAUAAAUGUCAACAGUGUGAUAGGAGAUUUAGAUGGAGUUCAGAUCUUAAUAAACAUUUCAUGACACACCAAGGAAUAAAACCAUAUAAAUGCUCAUGGUGUGGGAAAAGCUUUAGUCAUAACACAAAUCUACACACACACCAAAGAAUUCACACAGGAGAGAAACCCUUUAAAUGUCAUGAAUGUGGAAAAAGAUUCGUUCAGAACUCCCACCUUAUUAAACACCAGAGAACCCACACAGGUGAGCAGCCUUAUACUUGUAGCAUAUGCAGGAGAAACUUUAGCAGGCGGUCGAGCCUUCUUAGACACCAGAAACUCCAUAAGAGAAGAGAAGCCUGUCCAGUGUCUCUAGUUUGAGGAAAGUCACCAUAUGGAACUUCAUCCUCCAUAUGGUGAUAAAAGAAUAUAAAAUUAUGCAGCACCCAAUGAUAGUAACUUGUCCUCAACAGAAAAUUUGGGAGGGAUACAUGUCAUACUUCAAAGAAAGGAAUCUAAGCUGUCUCUCUUAUUCAGCAUUGUAUCUUCAUUUCCUAGCACAAGACUGAUACAUGACUAUUUUGUAAAUAAAAGAUAAAAGAAUGAAAAUAUA